CCUCCCUGCGUCGACUCCAUUAACCAUCUAUCCGUCCAUCUUGAUCGAUACGGAAGAAGUCCCCCCUUUUUCCCUUUCUUUGUGAUUGUCUUCUCUCGAACCGUCGGAGUCAUGGCCGGCUUCGCGCGCGAGACCAUGGCUCUGGCCAUCCUCCUCUUCGCCAUCCUCGCCUGCUCCGCGGAGUUGCAGAGGUUCGAGAGCCCGGCCAAGCCCGACGGCUCGCUGAGUAUCUUGGUCGUCGGUGACUGGGGAAGGAAAGGCCAGUUCAAUCAGUCGCAAGUCGCAACUCAGAUGGGAAGGAUUGGAGAGGAGCUGGAUAUAGAUUUCGUGGUAUCCACCGGAGAUAAUUUCUACGAGGAUGGCCUCACCGGUGUCGACGACAAGGCAUUUGAGGAGUCAUUCACCGACAUAUACACCUCAAAGAGUCUGCAAAAGCAGUGGUACAGCGUUCUGGGAAACCAUGACUACAGGGGUGAUGUGUUAGCACAGUUGAGUCCUGUUCUUCGGAAUAUCGAUAGCCGAUGGCUCUGCUUGAGAAACUUCAUCCUUAAUGCAGAAAUCGUAGACUUCUUCUUCGUGGACACAACUCCCCUUGUGGAAUCUUAUUGGACCAACCCAGAGGAUCAUCACUAUGACUGGAGAGAAGUCGCACCUCGCGAAAACUACAUCCCAAAUCUCUUGAAGGAUUUGGAUGCUGCACUGAAAGAAUCCACAGCACCAUGGAAGAUUGUGGUUGGUCACCACACGAUGAGAAGUGUUAGUGAUCAUGGUGACACACCUGAGCUUCUCGCUUUGCUUCUGCCAGUCCUCAAGGACAAUGGCGUCGAUCUCUACGUCAACGGGCAUGAUCACUGCCUGGAGCACAUCAGCAGCAAAGACAGUCCGAUCCAGUAUCUGACGAGCGGAGGCGGCUCCAAGGCAUGGAGGGGCGUCUUCACCCCAAACUCCGACAAGCUCCAAUUCUUCCAUGAUGGUCAAGGGUUCAUGUCUCUGCAGCUGACAGCGGCAGCUGCCAACAUUGUCUUCUACGAUGUGUUCGGCCAGGAACUCUACCAAUGGAGUGUGACCAAAAAUCUCCACGCUGCAGAGUAGGGCAGAACUCAAAUCGCUUGUCAAUAUAUCGCCAUUGAAGAACUUGGGAUUGUGAGUUAUAUGCCUGCACGAUGAAGUGGGCACAACAUGCAUCUAUAAGGUAGAGAGAGUGUGGUGUGGGGGUUCUUACAUUGACUGAACGACUGUUACUGGGAAUUAGAUGAUGAUGGAAGUAGUAUUGCUUGUGAUCACCCCAUUCACUUCCAGUUUGAUGGCAGCCAGAUAAAGAAUGAAUUAGAGAAAGGUCAUCUUGUUGUGCCUGUUGCCAUUUCA